GGUGUGAGGAACAGCUGAGGAGAGGUAAGGGUAGCGGAGGCGCGAGGCCUGGUAGGAAGUAGAGCCAGCUUGGCCGUGCCCCCAGGCCGGCGGAACCCGAGGAGCGCGGAGCGGCGCCGCCCGGAGACUUAAGGGGAGGGCGCCGGCGCUGCCGGAAGAGCCGCGCGGUUCGCGGCACUGGGACAGUGGCGGGAGGGUUCGGGUACUGUCAUGGAGCGGCCUGAGCCAGACACCGCCUCCGACGACCCCAUGGACUCGUUCCUGGAAAAGUUCCAGAGCCAGCAUUACAGCGGCGGCUUCCACGAGGACCAGUGGGAAGAGGAAUUCGAAAAGAUCCCCUUAUUUAUGAAGAAAGCACCAUCAGAAAUUGAUCCCCUAGAGAAUCCUGACUUGGCUUGCCUCCAGUCAAUUAUUUUUGAUGAUGAGCGAUCUCCAGAAGAACAGGCCAAGACCUAUAAAGAUGAAGGCAAUGAUUACUUUAAAGAAAAAGACUACAAGAAAGCAGUGAUUUCAUACACUGAAGGAUUAAAGAAGAAAUGUGCAGACUCUGAUUUGAAUGUUGUCCUUUAUACAAACCGGGCAGCAGCACAGUACUACCUGGGCAAUUUUCGUUCUUCUCUCAAUGACGUGAUGGCUGCCAGAAAGAUAAAACCCUGCCACCUCAAAGCAAUAGUAAGAGGUGCCUUAUGCCAUCUGGAACUGGAAAACUUUGCUGAGGCUGUGCGCUGGUGUGAUGAGGGACUGCAAAUAGAUGCCAAAGAGAAGAAGCUUCUGGACACCAGGGCUAAAGCAGACAAGCUGAAGCGAACUCAACAGCGAGAUAUAAGGAAAGCAAAGUUGAAAGAAAAGAAGGAGCAGAAUCAGAAUGAGGCUUUACUCCAGGCCAUCAAGGCUAGAAACAUCAAGUUAGUCUCUGAAGUUGCUGGUGAGGAUGAAGAUUCAGCCUCAGAAGGUCUAGGUGAGCUUUUCCUGGUUGGACUCAGUUCUGAGAACCCCUGUGGAGCCAGGGUGAGUCUAGAUGACCAGGGCAGGCUGAGCUGGCCUGUGCUCUUUCUGUAUCCGGAGUAUACACAAUCGGACUUCAUCUCUGCUUUUCAUGAGGACUCCAGGUUUAUUGAUCAUCUAACGGUGAUGUUUGGUGAAACGCCCUCUUGGGACUUGGAGCAAAAAUACUGUCCUGAUAAUUUAGAGGUCUACUUUGAGGAUGAGGAAAAGGCAGAACUCUACCGGGUGUCUCCCAAGAGCUCCCUGCUGCAGGUGCUGCAGCACCCCAGGUACUUUGUAAAAGCCCUGACACCAGCAUUUUUGGUCUGUGUAGGAUCCUCUCCUUUCUCCAAGAAUUAUCUCCGUGGGAGAAAGGUGCACCAGGAUAGAGGAUUGUGACACACUUGGGCAGUGGCCUCUGAGUUCCUCUCCAGUUUUCACAUUUUAGGAUUUCGUGCCUUGAAGACUGAAAAAUCUUUUCAUAUGUUGGAUUAUUGUCAUAGGUUGUAUUUUUGUCUGUAGCCACUUUCUACACCCCAUCCCCACCUCCCAUUUGGGGAUUUUAUAUAUCCUUGCCUGUAGGCAUGGGAGUUUUUGCAGUGCCCGCCCUAUCCCUCAGGGGAGGAGUGUACUUCCGUGCUUCACAAACAUUGGAUAUGGCUAUGUGACUUGAUUCCAGGGUAUGUGAGCAGACAUGACUUGUGCCAUGUUCAAGUGGCAGCUUGAAGAGCCAUUGCAUGGCAGUCUUGUGCUCUUUUCCUCUGCCAUGAGAACACAUGUCCCAAAUAGUGGAUCUUCCUUCAGACUGGGCCUCGGAAUAAUAAGACACAUGGAGCAGAACUCAAGCAGCUGGCCUGCAGUCAUUGAUUGAAACAUGAAUAAAAAAUAAAUGUUUGUUGUAGUAAGCAUUGAGAUUUGGGGGUUGUUUGUUACUAUAGCAAAGCUGACUAAUACAUCAUUAAACUGAAACCCAGCUGCUGUCUUUAA